GCUGGGGUGAGGGCGGAAGUGGCGUCAAUGGCCGGGCUGGAGGGGGAGGGCAGGGGAGGAAAGGAAGGGUUGGUGUUCUUGGCGUGCGGGGCGCUGGAGGAACGGGAGGAUGGUCCUGAUCAAAGAGUUCCGGGUGGUGUUGCCUUGCUCCGUAGAGGAGUACCAAGUGGGGCAGCUGUUCUCUGUGGCCGAAGCCAGCAAGAACAACACUGGCGGCGGUGAAGGCAUUGAGGUGCUCACAAAUGAACCCUACGAGCGAGAAGGGGAACGGGGGCAGUACACCCACAAGAUCUACCAUCUCCAGAGUAAAGUUCCUGGGUUCAUUAAGAUGUUUGCCCCUGAGGGGUCCCUAGUUGUUCAUGAAAGAGCCUGGAAUGCCUAUCCUUAUUGUCGAACAGUUAUUACGAAUGAAUACAUGAAGGAAGAUUUCUUCGUUAAAAUUGAAACAUGGCACAAACCAGAUUUAGGUGACCAAGACAAUGUCCAUGGGCUUGAUGCUGAGACCUGGAAAGAUGUUGAGGUUGUUCAUAUAGACAUCGGCGACCGGACACAAGUGUCAGAUGAUGAUUACAAGCCAGAUGAAGACCCAGCUCUCUUCAAAUCACAGAAGACAGGCAGAGGUCCCCUUGGUCCUGACUGGAAGCGGGAAUUAGCUAAUAAUGAAGAUUGUCCCCACAUGUGUGCCUACAAACUUGUGACAGUGAAGUUCCGCUGGUGGGGCCUUCAAGGUCGAGUGGAAAAAUUUAUCCAGAAGCAAGAAAGACGCCUCUUUACCAACUUCCACAGGCAGCUGUUUUGUUGGUUGGAUAAAUGGGUGGAUUUAAGCAUGGCUGACAUCCGGCGGAUGGAGGAGGAGACACAGAGGGAGCUGGAUGAGAUACGCCAGAAGGGCACCGUGAGAGGAAUGACUGCUGGGGACGAGUGAGCACUUCCUUCUGCCUGGGCCAAGAAGUGACAAGGUGCAGUGCCCUUUCUUCCCUGAAACUUGGACCUAUCUUUGUGGGACUGCUCUAUUUCUCUCUCACACACUCACUCGCUUUCUUCCUCUGCCAACUUGGGAUGGGAAGAGGAGUUCCUUUCCGUCCUACUGGUCCAAAUAGAUUCCAGACUUACCCCAGCUUCUAUCAACAUGGGGACCCCCUCCCCGAAACUGCCGUUUACUUCUUACUGAUAAUGGAUUAAUAGGUGUCCCCCACCGCAUGUCAAGUGGUCAUAAAAAGGGGGAAUGCGAGGGACUUUUCAGGGGUGUUGGGGGGAUGUCUCUCCUUUACAUCCUGCAGAGGCAGGGAUGCAUGGGCUAUUAAUAACAUUAAUAUUAAUAUUCGUUGGAAUCAUAUUUUGGUUGGGUUGGGAGGGGAAGUAAGGUCAGGAAUGUUUAAACAUAGGGUGGGGAAAAGGAAACGUUUCACUUAGGAAUAUAGUUUGGCCUCCACUGCGGGGAAUUGGAACUAGUCUUUUUACAGAACAUGUGAAAACAUUCCUCCAUUACUUCAGAUUUCAUCUUCCAGGAUCAUGGAAAUCCAUGCCUUUUCCCUUCGGCUUCUCCCUGUGUCGUAUGGCGGAGUUAAAAUAUGCCACUAAACUGGCUCCAUUAUAGGCAGUAAAGUAUCCCUCGUUUUUCUUCCCUGUGGGGCUAAAAUGUCUUGAGCUUGGUUUCUGAUCCCUCUUAAGCUUUUAAACAGCACUGUAUAAAUAGUUGAAAAGUGUGCUGCUUGGGAAAAAAAUUAAAUUCCAUACAUUCUCCCCCUCCAUUGCCCCCAUAUCUCAGUUUGGGGAGCGGGGCAGAUAUUUUCCCCCCAUUUGGGAGGGGCACUCGCACGCAUUUCACCCAGUGACCCUUUGGGACUGAAAUAAGGAGAUGUGUGGAAAUAAUGAGGCCCGCGGCUGCAGUUCUAAGGAUCUGGACAGUAUUUUUUUUAAUAAAAGAAAAACACUGAAAACUUUUUUUUUAAAGUAAAACAAUAAAGAAACUUGAAGUUGG